UUCACAUCCACGGGCGCAACUUUGUGGCGGGAAACUUUAUCGCCUCCAACAUCGUGAGCGCCGUCAGCAUGUGCCGUAGGACCUUGGUCAUCCUGACCGGGAACUUCUGCAAGAGUCACUGGUGUAAAUACGAGGUCCAGAUGGCUAACAUGGAGUCGGUCCACGACGGACGUCCGGUGCUGAUAUUCCUGGUCAAAGAGAACAUGGCGGCCAAGAACCUAGGCGAGCUCAUGUCCUUCCUCCGCUGCAACACUUACGUCCCCUACCCACAGGGGGAGCAACUCUCGGAGCGGGAGAUGAAGGCCAUGUGGGACAAAUUGGCGCAGGACCUGCGCUAGCUGUAGGACCUCAGCGAUGACAUUCAGGUCUAGAUCGUCUCAUGGAGAACAUUUAGGUCUAGAUCGUCUCAUGGAGCUAAUACGCUGGCUGAAGGACAUUCAGGUCUAGAUCGUCUCAUAGAGGACAUUUAGGUCUAGAUCGUCUCAUGGAGCUAAUACGCUGGCUGAAGGACAUUCAGGUCUAGAUCGUCUCAUUGAGGACAUUUAGGUCUAGAUCGUCUCAUGGAGCUAAUACGCUGGCUGAAGGACAUUCAGGUCUAGAUCGUCUCAUAGAGGACAUUUAGGUCUAGAUCGUCUCAUGGAGCUAAUACGCUGGCUCAUAGUUUGGAGGACAUUCAUGAUGUCCUAUUGCUGGCCUUCCAGGAUCCUCUACACCACAGUACUUGAAUGGCAAAUACCCUUGAGCUCUAGCAGUCAUUAUUUUCGUGUGCCGACAGCCAUCCUUGCAAGGUUCACACAACAAUGUAACUGGAUAUCAUUUAUAGCCUCGGGCAUAUUGCUUCAUCAACCGUAUAAACGGGUCCUUCAAAGAAAAAUAUUGGAUUACUAAUCAGGCGUAUCGUUUUACCACAUAC